CUGACAACCAAUCAAAACCGCGGGCCGUGCCGUCCGUCUAUUUUUAUCGUCCCAGAUGUGUACUAGCUCGCGGGAUCACGACUAUCAAAAUGCACGCCGCCAUCGCGUUACUGGCUUCGUCAAAAUCGGAGGUUGCGUGGGAACAGCUUUUUACCGCUGUGGCAGACGCCACAGAGGUACGGGUUGCACAGCUCAUUUGUUUGGAAGGGUUAUCUAGAGAAUGGUGCCUCCCAGUUUUCGUCUGGUUCUUUGGUUCUCUGCAGUUUGCUUUGCGGUGUUUAACUACGAGUAACGGCUUUGGAGUAAUCAGUAUGCGGAUGUCGAAUUCUUUGAGGUCGAAGGAUACUUCGUCAAUGGCUUUGUUUGCGAUCUUGAGUCUCGGUAUUUAACCCUUUUUUUUUUGAACUGUUUUUGCUAUAACAUGAGAAAGCGACUAACGAUUUUAAUAGCUGCAUUGGGGUUGACUAUUUGCGUACUACUAGGUUGCAGUGCUCCCACAGACGCAAGGUACUCCCUCUACUCGGUAAACGGCACCAACAUAACGCGUAUCAUGGGCAAGAACUGCACAUCAUGCGCAUACAACAAUGUUGCUGAUAGAUAUAUGUUUGGGAUGUCUAGUUAGUGGAUGGUCGUCCAGUCCAACGCUACUUUACUCACCAAAUCUAGGUGUUUGUCGAGCCAGGAAUGGAACUUUGAGUUGCGAUGCCUCGUUUCCAAGUUCGUUCGAUAUUACUGCUUUGACUUUCGAGGAUAUUGGUGGCUCGAAUAGUUCUAACGCGUCUUCGGUUAAUGCGGAGCAGUCGAAACAAUACGCGAGCACAACUUCGAUCAAUCAUUCUCUUGUCCAGCGUCUUUCGAAGGCUGUCGCUGGGAUUUUGAUCGCUUCUGCCAUCUGCAAUUUACUACUGUUCAUCCCAAUGUAUUUUUUCGUCCAGUAUAUCAGGCCAAAAUCCAGUAUAGGAAAAAUCCUAUCCAAUCUUGUGGUCCUUGAUUGCUGUGGCUUGUGUGCCGCCGUAGGCAUGGUAUAUUCCAUCUUCCGAAAUGAAGUUGGAGGUGUUUAUGAGCAUGCGGCUCCGGAGAUCCACUUUACCAAGUGGCCUGUCAGAUUCGAAUUGGGUUUCUGGUUUCUUGUUGGUGCCGCUGCGUCGAGAGCUUUGAAUAUAUUUCUGGCCGCGGGUAUAUAUUCGCAGAAGAAGAAGGGAGCGGAUGAAGCGAGACCGUGGAACCAUAACGACGGAAGGGAAGCACAUCAGCGAAACCAGGGAAGAGCGAGCCGAAUCUCGAUUUCGCACGAUAGUUUGACCUACAAGAUUGCAGGUACCAUUGAGAUGCUGCGAGCAGCUGUUCAGACCUAUCCAGCCAUUUAUAGGAUCGAUGAAGGUUGCAAAGAAUUAUUCAGGCAAGUUCCAGAUAACCAUACGCUUGCCUCUGCGAUAUCACCUCACUUCAAUCGGCAAAGCUGUGAUCACUUUCUCGGUAUAGAUCAUUGGGGAUCCAGAGCAGCAUCGGGGAAUCUUCUCUGGGCAAGUUGUCCAAAUGAUGGCUAUGGUUAUCACACAGAUUCAAUCGACCCUCGCGCCCGCGGAGUCUACCUCAUCGUUCUAAGCGAGUGUUGUCACGGCGGUAGACCCAGUACCACACAAUACCGCUACGUCGGAAGCGGAAGGAGCGUGAACGGCAAAGGUCGAGCAGCAGGUACAGGCGGAGUCAUGCGUCGAGUAGCAGAACACACCAGUCGGGAAUACCGCCACGCCAAUCCAUCCACUCUCUACAAUAUCUGGCACAGUCUACAAUCCCCAUGUAUUGCUAUAUAUCUACUAGCGGAGUGGAACGCUCUACCUAUCACCGCGAAUCCCUCGAGCGACGAGACGUUUGAUGACAUUCUACUAGCAGAGGCCGUUUGGCAGGUCAUGUUACAGACCUUCACGACGGGGAGAGAUGGGAAUUGGUCGGAUUUCACGGCCUUUCUUCAGGGGAUGGGGUAUGGUCAUGAGAGACUCUUUGGUCAUCCGAAUGGUUGUAAUGUGGAUUCUGCUUUGGAGAAGAAACGUGGGCAUCGUGGGUGGUAAUGAGUUCUUAUCCUUUUCAGCCCCUUGAAAUAUUUGAUUCCAUUUAGCCCUACAAAAACG